AAACACUUUUUUAUCUUCUUUUUCGUGUCUGUCUGUCUGUCUCUGCGAUUUGUGUUGGGGUUUUAGACGAAAUUCGAGUUCGAGAGAAAGCGAGGGGUUUUGUGGGAUGGCUUCAACGCUGCUUUUGGUUGUCGUUUUUGUGUUCGAUCUGGUUGCUUUUGCGCUCGCUGUUGCCGCUGAGCAGCGAAGGUCCACUGCCAAGGUUCAAACUGAAGCAAAUUCGACCUAUUGUGUAUAUGAUUCUGACAUUGCAACUGGCUUAGGUGUGGGAUCAUUUCUGUUCUUAUUGGCAAGUCAAGCUCUGAUAAUGGUGGCAAGUCGAUGCUUGUGCUGUGGAAGGGCUUUGAGACCCAGCGGUUCUCGAUCGUGGGCGAUUACGCUCUUCAUUACCAGCUGGGUGCUUUUUGUCAUUGCUGAGGCAUGCCUUCUCGCGGGUUCAGUGAGAAAUGCGUACCACACAAAGUACAGUACUUCGUUUAUGGACGACCUUUCAUGUGAGACAUUGAGGAAAGGAAUCUUCGGAGCUGGGGCUGCAUUUGUCGUCCUCACAGGCAUAUUCUCGGAGCUGUACUAUGUUAGCUAUUCCAGGGCUAACGAAUCCCCGGCUCCCUAUAGCAGAGACGCUGGUGUGAGGAUGCAGAACCUUUAGAACCGAAACCAGUUGGAGGGAAGUGAGAGUGAUCUUGUAUCGUCACAUGCAAUUGGUUGACUAGUAACUGACGUGCCUAUCUUAUGAGUAUGGACUAACUUAACAGGACAUAUGAUUGAAUAUUUGAAAUGCUCAUGAUUUAUGUAUGUUUCGAAUAUUCGUGAUUUAUGUAUGAUAUUUGGGGUUUUAUGUUU